AUGGAUGGGACCGGGUCAACGGUAGUCAUCUAUAAAACGGAAGCCGGCGACCGUUUGGUGCUGCGAACGUGCGAAGCGGCCGCCCAUGCCGGGAAGUGUAGAAGCAGUCGUAUGCACCCAACCAACCAUCCUUUGGCCAUUGUCCGAAACGUUGAUGAAGGUACGAGUGGACCGGUAAUGAUAAUUGAUGAACCUUCGGCUGGUGCAAGUUUCGGUACGAAACCCGAUGCCAUCGAUUGUAACACACCCGUAACCGCAACGACCGGUGCCGAAACAACGGUGGACAGUUGGGCAAAAAUUCUGCUUCACACAACGUCACAUGGCGGAGUCGCUUCUAACAGGACGAACGAACUGAUGCAAACAUCCAACGACGUUAGAAUUGGACAAUCAACAACCACUCACAAUUAUCAUCUGCGAUUUCAAGUAAAGAUGCCAGGGCAAAGCAGCAAACCUGCAUAA